AUGGCCGCGCGCCUUGCGCUUGUGGCGACGCUCCUGUGCGCCGGAGCCGCGGCCGCCGCGGCGCAGCAGGCGAGCAACGUCCGCGCGACCUACCACUACUACCGCCCGGCCGAGAACGGCUGGGACCUGGGCGCCCCUGCCGUGAGCGCCUACUGCUCCACCUGGGACGCCGGCAAGCCGUACUCGUGGCGGUCCAAGUACGGCUGGACGGCCUUCUGCGGCCCCGCCGGCCCCCGCGGCCAGGCGUCGUGCGGGAGGUGCAUCCGGGUGACCAACACGGGGACGGGGGCGCAGAUCACGGCCAGGAUCGUGGACCAGUGCGCCAACGGCGGGCUGGACCUCGACUGGGACACCGUGUUCGUCAAGAUCGAUACCGAUGGCAUGGGGUACCAGAGGGGCCACCUCAUCGUCAACUACGAGUUCGUCGACUGCGGCGACAACCACAUCAACUUCCAUGGAAAGAACGAGACGCUACCGGCCAGCACUGGUGCUGUUGAGUAA